UUGCCAAAUGACCAUGGACGUGUUGCCUCGAGAGCUCUUGGUGAAUAUUCUGAAUCGACUCAACGAUUCCGCAGACGUAGCUCGAUGCCGAGUCGCUUCCAAAACCUUCAACUCGCUUUGGCGGGAGGUUCGCGCGCUGAACCUCAUCUGCACAUUGUCCCGGUACUCGAAAUCGCGGUCGAUCGCCGUCACGCCGUUCAAGACGGUUUUUAAGAAUCUGAUCGAGGAUUCUCGAAACCUUCUCUCCGUCUCAGUCGCAGUCGACAAGGCGCUUAGCGGGAUGUCGUUCGACGACUUGAUUGAAGAAGACUCCGACGAAUUGUACCUGACGGAUAUCGAAUUCGUGCGGGAGUGGUUGCCUAGCGUCCGUGAAGACCUUGAGAUCUUGUCAAUUUCAGAUUUCUGGAUUCAGUCUUGCUGGAGAAAGUCGGAUAUUUUGGCGCUCAUUUCUCUAAACUGUGAUAAGCUAGUGAAACUAGAGGUGAAGAACGCUUGGCUAUCAGUUGUUGGUCUAACUCAGAUGCCAAAUCUCAGAUAUCUGACGCUCGAGUUCAUCAGACUCGAUGACGAGAAUCUUGACAAGGUGAACGAUUGUUUCCCUUUUCUGAAAGUGCUGAACUUGAUCGGCGUUGGAGGACUUAAGGAGCCGAGAAUCCACUUUCUGCACCUAAAGAGCUGCCACUGGACGGUGUCGAACGCUCCACUUUCAUUGGCUAUAGUCGCGCCAAACCUCGUUGAACUCAAGCUGAAAUGCAACAAACCCAAAUCUCUUCUCCUCGAAACACCCAAGCUGGUGAAAUUUCACCUCUCCGUAGAGGACGCGGAAGGUGUUAGUCUAUCGGAGCUUCAAGAUCUGAAUGCUUUAGAGCUCAUAUCCCCGGACAUGUACAGGCUAAUCAGAAACACUCGUUGUUUUGGCAACAAGAUCAGAAAGCUUUCGGUGGAUUCAGUCAAGUCUAUAAAGCAAUCUAAAAGGCUAAGGCUUGGACUGGGAACACUUCUCAAAGCUUUCCCUGGCAUCGUUUCUCUUAGUUUGAGUCCUGUGACUUGGUUAGACAUGGAAACUCAUUUCCAAAGCGAAGGUCUGGUGCAUGUGGAGGGAACAGAUACCCUGAAGGAAAUUACAGCGCGGGUACAGACACAGGAUCAUACCGAUGUUCAUCAAACAGUUUCUUUCAUCAGGUCUGUACUUAAUAAUUGCAGAGGUUUGACGGACAUGAGACUGAUGAUUCACCAGGACACAGAUCCUAGAGUAAGAACUUAUUUUAUGUCGGCGUGCACGAUGAGUAACCUGAGAGUGAGAUGGAAAUGGGGAGUUUGGGCUGAAGGUGGUGAGGAUAUGUGGGUUUCCGAUAUAGCGCUUAAGGUAUAACGCUCAAGUAUGAAACUUGAAUUCCUCGGUAUAUACUUGUGGUGAUGAUGAUGGCAACCAAGAAUUCCAUUUGAUGCGUCGGAAUGUUUUGUUGAAACUUGUCAAGAUUUUAAAAGCUUUCAUAAAGGUUUGAUACUUAUAUAGACAGUUGUAGUCACCAUGUAAUAUAAACAUAUAUAGCUUCACCGUAUAAAACAGGUUUUGGAUUGCUCCGCUUGUGUGUUGUUUGUAAUUUUCAUUUUAUCCAGUUUAUUGCUCAGUUUAAGUCUAAGGAAUGCAAAAUUGUUUUGUAACAAAUAAACGAGGGAAAAGGUAAA